AUGGGGAUCAUUGAAGGGGUAUGCUUCAUCUGUAAUGUUUUGCUAACCUUUGGCUGGUCACGAUAUGACACCGACGAGCAACGUCGUUUCGACGACAAAUACCUCGAAGAGCUACGGAAACACUCGAGUCAUAGGGCUCACUGGCGAAGUGAGGACAAUGUCAAGAUGGUGGCCUGGCUCGCACACAAUCGCCAGUCCAAGUCGACAAUCUGCUCCAGUCAGAUGGAGCUGUCCAAGGUGGCAAAAUCGAUCGGAAUCGACCCGAACACUCUACAGAGGAGGCACCGGAUCGUUCUGAAGAAGAUGAUGAUCAGUUCCAUGGGAGUUUCCGAGUACUGGGAUUCGUCUGCCAAGGUGACCAGACUCCGAUGGCCGGUCGAGUUGGUGAGAGAGUUGACGCCGGGUGUGUGUGAGAUGGUCCAGACGGUCGUUGGUGAGGGGGCGAAUCGCCAGGAGCAUGAGCCCGAGGCGGACGAGGCGUAUGUCAUCUCAGAUGAUGACGAUGACGGUGAUUUCAAGGACUGGGAAGGAGACGUGGAGAUGGGGCUGUUUGAGGCAUUUCCGAAGAUGACAGCAAACUUGCAGCUGCUAACAAGAAGAAUAGAUGGGGCUCAGCAGUCGACUUCGAGGCAGGAUUUUGAGGUCAAGUUAGUCUCGGGCUUAGAGGCGUUCACCAUGAAAGUGCAAGCUCAGCUCAAGAAGGCCUUGAAUACGAAGAAAAAUACAAUUCAGGAAACGGCGCAGGUGCAGCUCGAGCGGGCCCGAAUCCAGUGGCAGCGCCGGGAGCAGGAGCAGAGAGACUCUGAGUGCAGACGCCACAAGCAGGACCUCGACGAGGAGGACAGAUUGAGCCAGGAAAAGAAGCGCAAGAAUGCCAAGGACCUGGAGAAGGCGCGAGAGGAGGAGAAUUUGCUGAAGCAGAAGCAAGUGAAGAUGAGACACGAGUACUUACAGAAGAUUGAGAGCCAACAACGUGACUUUGAGCGAGAGAUGAGCGAGUCGCUGGAGCAAAGUCAGCUGUUAGCUUCCUCCGAGAAAGAAGGCGAAAAAUACCAUCAACCACUCGACUUUCCUGCUCAGCAACAACAUCAUCGGUCAUGA